UAUAAAGGGAAAUAGCUGUCCUGUGGCUUUAUUUCACGUUUUCCACAAGGUUCACGAAUGCAAAAUGAAGCUCUUCCUAAGUUGCUUCCUGGUUUCUUGCUGUUGCCAAGUCGGGGCAGAGAACAGGGAGUACUACAUCGGUAUUACAGAGACCAAGUGGAACUAUGCACCUGGCAGCACCAAUAUUGUGUCUGGACAGCUUUUUGCAGAAGAAGAGCAGGCUGGAGUCUUUCUCAAAAGAGGACCGCAUAGGAUAGGAAGCACUUACAAGAAGGCUGUCUACACGCAGUACACCAAUCAUUUAUAUGAUGUGACAGUUGACAAGCCUUCCUGGCUGGGUUUUUUAGGCCCUAUCAUUAAGGGAGAAGUUGGAGAUUCCAUUAUUAUUCACUUGAAAAACUUUGCUUCCAGAAGCUACACGCUGCAUCCACAUGGUGUAAGAUACACAAAGGAAAAUGAAGGUGCUUUUUAUCCUGAUAACACCAAAGAUUUGCAAAAGAGAGAUGACGCUGUGGAGCCUGGAGGCCAGUACACUUACACAUGGCAUGUGACAGAAGAUCAAGGUCCAGCUAAGGGAGAUGCAGACUGCAUAACCAGGGUUUACCACUCCCACAUAGAUGCUCCAAGAGAUGUUGCCUCAGGGCUUGUUGGGCCUUUGAUAAUUUGCAGGAAAGGUACAAUGAAUAAUGGGAGUGAUAAACAAUUUGGUGCUGAAUUUAUCCUCAUGUUUUCUGUAAUGGAUGAAAAUCUCAGUUGGUAUCUAGAGGAUAACAUCAGGACAUACUGUUCUGAGCCUUCCAAAGUUGACAAAGAUGAUGAGGACUUCCAGGAGAGCAAUAAAAUGCACUCAAUUAAUGGGUACAUGUAUGGAUACCUCCCAAACCUCACAAUGUGUGUGGAAGACAAGGUAAAAUGGCAUCUUUUUGGCAUGGGUAAUGAAGCUGAUAUCCAUUCAGCCUACUUUCAUGGACAGACCUUAAUAGAAAGGCAUCAUCGAGUUGACACCAUCAACCUCUUCCCCGCCACAUUUAUUGAUGCUGUCAUGAUACCGAGGAGUCCUGGGGAAUGGCUGCUCAGCUGCCAAGUGAAUGACCAUAUUGAAGGUGGUAUGCAGGCCCUUUUUGAGGUGAAAGAUUGUAGGAAAUCCACAAAAGAUCACAAUGAAAGUACGAGGAUAAGACAGUAUUUCAUUGCUGCUGAAGAAAUCAUCUGGAAUUAUGGCCCAUCUGCAGUGAACCAUUUUACAGGCCAAGAGUUAAUCACUGACAGCGAAUCUCGCAUUUUUUUUGAACAAAGUGAGACAAGAAUUGGUGGCUCUUAUAAAAAAGCUGUUUACAAAGAAUACACUGAUGGUUCUUUCACUGAACAUAAAAAAAGUCUCACAGAGGAAGCACAUCUUGGACUCUUAGGACCUGUUAUCAAGGCUGAAGUGGGUGAGAGCAUCAGGGUGACAUUCCGAAACAAUGCCAGCCGCCCGUUUAGCAUUCAGCCCCAUGGUGUGAGUUACCGCAAGAGCGACGAGGGUGCAUUGUACGGUGCUGCCUCCAGAGGUACUGGAUCUCCAGCCUCUCAUGUGAGUCCUGGUGCUACAUUUGUGUAUGAGUGGAAUGUGCCAGAAGAUGUUGGCCCCACAGACCAAGAUCCAGACUGUUUAACCUGGCUUUAUUACUCAGCUGUGGAUGCAGUCAGAGACACCAGUUCUGGCCUUGUGGGUCCUCUUCUGGUGUGCAGGAAAGGAGCUUUGCUUCCUUCUGGGAAACAGAAAAAUGUGAACCUGGAGUUUUUUCUACUUGCCACAGUAUUUGAUGAGAAUCUGAGCUGGUACUUGGAUGACAAUAUUUUGAUGUUUACACUAAAUCCCAAUAAAAUUGACAAAGACGAUGAGGACUUCCAAGAGUCUAACAAAAUGCACUCCAUUAAUGGUUAUAUGUACGGAAAUCAACCUGGUCUUGAGAUGUGUAAAGGAAGUGUGGUUUCCUGGCAUUUGAUGGGCUUGGGGUCAGAAGUCGAUGUCCAUGGGAUAUACUUUUCAGAAAACACAUUUAUAACUAAAGGAACAAGAAGGGAUACAGCAAAUCUGUUUCCACAUACAUUUCUUACAGCUAUUAUGAAGCCUGAUUCUGAAGGAGUUUUUGAAGUGUCCUGUCUGACAACAGAUCACUACACAGGGGGCAUGAAACAGAACUACAAAGUGAAACAAUGCCAUUGGUGGAAUGUGGACCUAUCUAUGUAUUUGCAUGAAAAGACUUACUAUAUUGCUGCAGUGGAGGUUGAGUGGGACUACGCUCCUAACAGGACAUGGGAAUUUGAGAGGCAUCAAUACCAUGAGGAAAGCCCUGGCAAUCCGUUUUUAAAUAAAGACGGCAAAUUCAUUGGCUCAAAAUACAGAAAAGUUGUUUAUCGUGAGUACACUGAUCAGACAUUCAGUACUCCCAAAAACAGAGCAGAAGAGCAGCAGCACCUGGAAAUUCAAGGGCCACUGCUUAUGUCAAAUAUUGGAGAUAAAAUUUUAAUAGUUUUUAAGAACUUGGCAUCAAGACCUUUUUCUAUACAUGCCCAUGGAGUAAAAACAGACAGUUCUGUGGUUGCUGUAACUAACCCAGGUGAAACAAAAAUGUAUGUCUGGAAGAUCCCAGAGAGAUCUAGUUCUGAGAGAGGAGACCCACAUUGUAUUGCAUGGGCAUACCAUUCAACGGUGGACAUUAUUAAGGACACUUACAGUGGAUUAAUAGGCACACUUGUUGUGUGUCAUAGACAUUAUUUGCCAUCAUUUCAUACUGAAAAGAAAGUGCAAUUUGCUCUUCUUUUUAUGGUUUUUGAUGAAAAUGAGUCAUGGUACUUGGAUGAAAACAUUAAAAGGUAUUCUGCCAACCCACACCUUAUUGACAAAGAGGAUGAGGAGUUCCUUGAAAGUAAUAAAAUGCAUGCCAUUAAUGGAAAGGUGUUUGGAAAUUUACAUGGUCUGACUAUGCAUGUUGGAGAGAAAGUAAGCUGGUAUUUGAUGGGAAUGGGCAACGAAAUAGACAUUCACACAGCACACUUCCAUGGCCACAGCUUUGACUAUAAGCAAACAGAGGUUUACCGGGCAGAUGUCUUUGAUCUGUUCCCUGGGACAUUUCAGACUGUGGAAAUGACCCCACAGAACCCUGGAACCUGGCUAUUACACUGUCAUGUUACUGACCACAUUCAUGCAGGCAUGGAAGCAACUUACACUGUGCUCCCAAAGGAAGACAAAGUCUUUGUUCCCAAGAUUAUUCAAUCAGUUCAAGUGUAAAGAUAUGGCAGGCACACUAGAAUGAUGAAAGCAUUUUACAUCACUGACUCUCCAAGGUCUACCUUCAGUGAAGCGUUUCUUGAGAAAUACUAUUUCCUGGACAAUUCAUCUCCACGUGUGUUUUGGAAGACUUCGUUUUGUGGCCAGAAGUGCCAUAGACUAAGACAGCUGAAUGGAUAUAACAGCUCAUGAGUAUCUUUUCCUGUAAAUAAAAAUAGUAUCUUCCAAGCUAAACACAUUCUAGGUCAUGCCUUAAUGCAUGUUAUUUAACUGCUGAGGAACAUGGUGGAAGAGCCAAAUGAAAUGUACAUUCCUUUUUUUUUCUUUUCUCUUUAAGUUUGUAAAUAACCCUGUGUAACAGCAAAAUUUAUUUUAGGUAUCUGUCAGAUAUGUUAGUAGUUACUGCUUGGAAAAUAGGGAUUUGGUUAUUAUUUAACCAUAGGUUCACACUUAAAAUACAUAUACUAUCACAUACUUGAA